AUGAAACUAUUUAGUUUUUAUUUCAUUUUAACGGUGGUAAUAGAAAUUAUUUUAAGUUUAAAUGCUUCGGCUAGUGCUUUUAUUAGAAGACAUAAAAAUAAUCGUUUACAUUGCUAUUAUGCCGAGGAUCAGUGUCCUAAUAAGGAUAUACAAUUUUGGUUGUACACCAAAGGAACUGAACAAAAUCCCUUAUUGCUGGAUCUGCUCAAUCUUAAGCCCGAUUCAUUUCCCGAACGUUUACCUUUAAAAAUACUAUUACAUGGUUUGGGCCUAGAUCACGAUCUUUCACCUAAUGAAGAAUUACGUCCGCUACUUUUACAAUACGAGAGAGUUUAUAUAAUAAGUGUGGACUAUAAAAAUCUCUCAAGAGUUCUUUGUUUAACACCUUGGGCUCUACAAAAUUGUCGUAUUAUAGCCAAAUGUUUAGCUUUGUUAAUAACAAAUUUAGUGGAUCAAAUAAUGUAUUCACCGGAUGAUAUACAUCUAAUUGGUUUUAGUUUAGGGGCACAAAUUGCCGGUUUAUCAGCGAAUCAUUUAAAUUAUAGAGUAAAGAGAAUUACUGGUUUAGAUCCUGCUGGUCCAACUUUUGAUACUGACAAUAUAAACGAACGUCUCGAUCCUACAGAUGCUCAAUUCGUCGAUGUUAUACAUACAGAUCCACGUUUUCUGUCUAUAAGUCGUGCAAUGGGUCAUGCUGAUUUUUAUCCCAACUAUUUGAAACUUAUACAACCUGGCUGUAGUCCCAUCGAGGAGUAUAGUAAAUUAGAGAAUAAUACAAUUUUGCCG